AUGCCAGCUCCAAAGGGGCUCUACUAUGCUUGCUGGCAUGGUCUGCUACCGGUCGUGAGGAGUUUUAUCGCGGCCGGGAUGGACGUCAAUGCCCAAGGGGGGGAUUUUGGAUCGCCACUUCAAGCUGCUGCUAAGGCCGGCCACGAGGAUGUCGUGGCACUUCUGCUGAAGAGCGGUGCAGACGUCGACUUGCGUAGUGGACAGUGCGGAUCAGCCCUUCAGGCAGCGUCCAGAGAAGGCCAUCUGUCCAUUGUGCGCCUGCUUCUCGACAGCAAGGCCGAUGUUGUUUCGAGUGGUGGCCGCUAUGGCAGUGCGCUGCAGGCGGCGUGCUGGGGAGGGCAUGAAGAUGUUGUGCGCCUGCUGCUGGGUCGAGGAGCAACGGUUGAACCGGGAGCAGGGGAG